AGGACGCAACCCGGCUGCAGUACAGAAGGGAAGGAACAAGCUGCGUACGAAAUUGCUGAGCAGCAGGAGGUCACGAUGACGGACCCUCCGCCGGCGACGCAGGAGGAAGGACCUGAUAAAAUCCCCCCACUGCUUGACUUUGAGGAUGAAAAAACUUUGGAGGAGAGGUUCGAGAACAGGGAGCUGGAGGAUGUGGCGAACAGUGUGGCCCUUAAGGAGCUGGACGAUCUGAUAAUGGAAGGGGUCAUAUCCGAAGAGCGGGCAGCCUUCGCUCGGGACAAGUACUUGAACCUGCACAGGGCAUUUAUCGAAACGAUGGCCAGCGAUCGAGACCUCUUGUCGCAGGCCAGAGUGCUGAACAAACGACUGGCGGAGUCCAAGGAACAGACUGAGAAAGUGCAGCAGCGGGCUCAAGAGGGCGUCUCUGUGCUGGAGCUGCUCCGAGAGGACAGCGAACAAGCCGAGAGCGAGGCACUUAUAUGCCGAGAGAAAGAGCAGAUGUUAGAGAUGGAAGAGACAGAGCUUACGAGAAUCAAGGAGCAGCACCAGAAGAGGUUCCAAGAGAUCGAGAAGGAGCAUGCUGCUGCUGUCGUCCCCCAGAUCCGACGGGCAACUGAGGAGAUUGAAGAGACGGACAUGCGGUUGAAAGAGAACAUGGAGAAGAUUGAGAAGUUGGUGGAAGAAGUUAAGGAGGUAAACGAACGGGCAGAUAGGACGAUAGAAGAGACGGAGAGCCUGAGACUGCAGAAGGAACUGGAGGCCAAUUCGAUGGAGAAGAAAGCCAACAUGCCAGACAAGUACAAGAAGCAGACGGAGGCCGUGAACCAGAUGAUCAAGCAGUACAAGGCGCAGGAGGCGAAGCUGGCAACGAGGAUAAAGGAGCACGAAGUGGAGCAUUCCAAGCUGUUGAUACGGAUAAAGGAGCUGACGGAGGAGAUGGAGAGAGCGAACACACAGCAUGAGAGGGUGAAGAUGCAGGCGGAGCAGAAGGAGAGGGGGGCGGACGAGAUCAAGAAGAACGUGGAGAUCGCUGGGAUCGAAGCUGACCAGUACCUUGCCGACCGGGUGAAUGUGGACAUGCUGCUGAAGAGUACGGUGGCCGAAGUGAGGAGGGAGUCCGAGGAGCUGGCGCAGAGGGUGAAGGACAAGGACGGUGCGCUAAGGAGGUACAAGAAGGCAGAAGCAAUGCUUAAGCAGGCACAAGACACGCUGCCGAUGCUGAACAUGAUCAGGGACCAAGUGUUCCACCAGAUCCAAGGGGUGGAGAAUGAGCGGAAGCGUCAGUCGGAGCACGUGGUCGAGCUGAAGAAAGAAGUUGACAUCACCAUGAAUAGUUUCCUGCAUGAGCAGGAGCUGGGCAAGGAGAAGGCAGCACAAGUACGGGAGUGCGUGGCGCUGGUGGAGGAGCUGGAGAGCGAGGUGGGUGCCCUCGCCAUGCAGGAAAGACGCACCAACCGUCUCAUCGCCGAUCUGGCCAGCCAAAGGGAACGGAUCAGCAGGUUCUGCUCGGCCAAGAUUGCACUUCAAAGGGAAGCUUCGGAGAAGAUUCGAGUGAAGGAUCUGGUCAUCAACGAUCUGAAGAAGAAGCUCCGAGACAGAAACCUGAGGUUCAAAGAGUUCAUGCAGCUGUACGACCUCGUAAAGAACCAGAGGAACAAGUUCGUCACCCUCAUACAGUCCGCCUCGCAGUCCAUCGCAGAGAUGAGGGAGAAGCUGCGAAUACUUGGUGCAGAGAUAGACAUUCUCAGGAACGAGAUAGCGUAUAAACACCGGCUGCUGGCCAAGGCCAAGGCCGAGCAUGCCGCCAGUUUGCUGGAAAGGGAGCGACUGAGGACCGAGCUAGCGAAGUCCGGAAUGGUGCUCCAGGAGAAGCAGCGGAUAGUGGACGAACAGAUCAGUAAGAUGGACCGACUGAAUGGGAUAAUCACUGUCGCGGAGAGGGCCAUGCUCCACGUGAAGAGACAGUACGAGAUUCAGGUGGAGAGCAGGAACUACACAGGGAUCACGCUGAUCGACCGGAACGACGAGCUGUGCAUCCUGUACGAGAGGCUGAACAUCAUGGGGCAAGUGCACAGGCAGAGUGACAUCGAGAUGUUGAAGAGAGAAGACGAGAUACGAGUGCUAAGAGCGCACAUAGCGGAGUUUGAAAGUUCCCUCAGGGUGGCCAGGAAGAGGGCACCCAAGGUCGGGGAGGUCGAGCAUGAGAUCCAGACGCUGAAGGAGGAGUUGGAGAAGGCGAGGGCGGAGGUCGUUCGCCUUUCUGAUCUGCUGGAGAACCCCAGCAACAAGGAGCGAUGGCGGCAACUGGAAGGCAAGACCCCUAAGGCCGACGAGCUGGCGACGAUCCUGCAGUCUGUGGAGGACAAGCUCGGAGAUCGCAAGGAGCAGUUGAUGGAGCGGGAAUUGGUCUACCAAGAGGUCACCAAGCUAUCGACCAAGCUAAGGCAACAAGCGGCCGAUGGGAGGAAGGAAGCCAUCUUCUUGGCCGGGAAAGCCAACAAGUGUCGUAAGAAGAUGAUGGACACCAUAAGGAAGAUAAUGGCGACGGUGGCGGAGUUGUCCCUGUGUCAGGCCACUGCCAUCAGGCUCGCAGAGACUCGGGACGACCUGAAGAAUGUCGUCUUCGAAGCAGCCAAAAGGUUGGAGAGGGGGGAAGCUCCAACAGAGGACGCAAGUAGAGAAUGGUACCGCAUGGAGCGUGAGAGACUGAUCAUUCUCGAACUGGCAGAAAGGAGAACAGCAGCUUUCACGAGCAACGAUGGGCCCGUCCUGGAAGGUGGUAUGAGAAACAAGCCCACCUUCACGGCAGCUGAGCAAAGGCCUAAUGCCUACCUGCCUGAGGAACUGGCGAUUCCAAGGCCUUAUGGGCAAUACGCCCCAUUCAAGCCGUCCGAUUUGGGCCCCACCAUGCGGCAUUAUAGGAAACCAGAGCCAAAGCCCAUCGAGGUUUGACUUGGACUUCAGUUUCAAGUUUUCAACUUUUGACUUCCGGACCAGUUCAUUUGCGGU